AUGGGUGUAGGCCUCCUCAUCCAGUGCUAUUUGCGAUCUGCUCGAGGCAGCACAGAAACGGAUGUAGUGAAAGAUUCCGAAGAGACAGAGCCCUUCAGUCCGCGCUGGAUAUUCGAAACCACCUACUCCUCCAAAGGCAGCGUAAUUAAACCGGACCAUCAGAUCUCAAACAACGCCAAGGGGGAGUGGAGACCUAGGGCCGUGUGUCCGUCUUGGCGUGCUGGCGGCGCCUCAACAACACCCCUUUAA